ACCACCCCUUUCGACGAAGCGCUCCCUCAAUCCACCCCUCACCGCUCCCUCCCUUCACAGCCGUCUGCUUCCUUCCAGCUGUCACUCCGACCGCCUGCACCCAGCACGUUUCCUUUGCGACACAGCCCCCAGCUGUACAUAAGAAGCAAUCGAAGCAAUUUCAUUCGAACCACCUUCGUUCAUCACGAGUAUUGUGACACGCAAAUCUCUUCGCGCAACUAAGAAGGCAGACUUUCCCGGAUUGCAACCGCCACCAUGUCCGCGUCUCCGAGUGCCACCACGGCUCAAUCGCAGAAGCGACCUCUUGAGGAACCUUCCUCUCCGAACGGUGCAGCCGACCAGCCUGAUGCAAAACGACCUGCAUUGGAUAAAGUAGUUAAAGAGGAGGAGAAGAGUGAAAAUGGGAGCACUGCUCCUGCCCAGGAUGCGACCGCAGAAGCAGAGGCAGCGUCAGUUUCCAACGGCAUCAAAGACGAGCAAGGCGACACUGUGGUGCCCGAUGCACCAGCAAAUGCCGCAGCUGUCCCUGGGACUCAGCCCAUUCAGUCAACGACCACCGCGAACGGACGAGCGUCGUCUCAAGGCCCCGCUCAUCAGGACGAAACAGGCUGGCUCCAUAUUCGAGCGAUCAUCUCCAGCCCUGAAGCGGCGACGGUCAUUGGUAAGGGUGGCGAAAAUGUCACUCUAAUCCGAAAAAUGUCGGGUGCCAAGUGCACGGUGUCCGACUAUACACGGGGAGCUACGGAGCGGAUUCUCACCGUGAGUGGGGUUGUCGAUGCAGUGGCCAAGGCUUUCGGGUUGAUCAUUCGUACGUUGAACAAUGAAGAUCUCGAGGCACCUUCCACCCCCCAAUCCAAGACCUACCCUCUCCGCUUGCUCAUCCCCCACAUCCUCAUUGGCUCGAUCAUUGGCAAAGGUGGGGUCCGCAUCCGCGAGAUUCAGGAAGCGUCUGGAGCCCGACUGAACGCCUCGGAUGCCUGCCUGCCCCUUUCAACUGAGAGAUCGUUGGUUGUUCUUGGCGUUGCUGAUGCAGUUCAUAUUGCGACAUACUAUGUUGGGAGCACCUUGGUUGAGCAACUGACAGAGCGAUUUGGUGGUCCCGCAGCUUCGGCGUAUGCCACACGAAGUGGUGCUCCGGCAAGUGCGGUGCCUGGUGGAUUGCAGGUUGUCCCUUAUGUUCCACAACCUGCUAGUGGACAAUGGGGCCCUCCCGAUAAUUUCAGGCGUCACAACAACCAAAGUCAACGAACUCCCUCGAACCCAUAUGGUGUUCCGUACCUCCACGGACAAGCACCUCAGCAGCAACCUCAGUCGGCGAUGCACUACGCAUCCAACUCUCCUCGCGCGGCUUACGCUGGUGCAGGACCUCAGCAGCCGCAACAAUACGGCGCGCAGGCUCAGCCUCAAGCAGCUCAUGCCACUGCCGCUCAACCGGCUAUGCAGGGAAUGCCGGGACAGCCUGUCACUCAACAAAUCUAUAUCCCCAACGAUAUGGUCGGCGCUAUUAUCGGAAAAGGCGGUGCGAAGAUCAACGAAAUCCGUACUCUCAGUGGUAGCGUGAUCAAGAUCAACGAGCCGCAGGACAACAGCAACGAACGGCUGGUGACCAUUACCGGGACACCCGAAUGCAACCAAAUGGCGCUCUACAUGCUCUAUUCCAGGCUUGAAAGCGAGAAGCAUCGGAUGUAAUGAUGCUAACAUGAUGGUGAAGAGAGCGGCAGAUGCUCCAGUGAGAAGCGAUCGAUCUCGUUCCACCGGGAGCAAGGACAAAACAUCGAUGGGAUUGUAAGUUAGAGGGA